AUGUCGUCCGGUCACCAUUACGAGUCCGUAUCGGGCAGUUACGCCAAGGAGUCGCCGGCGUCAAUGGUUUCGUCGGUGGACAAGUCACACACGGGUCGCUUUCCAUUCUUGGGGACAAGGAAGGGCGCUGCCACCCUCGCCGCCGUGGUAUUUUUGGUCAUCGGCGGCGGACUUGCGGGGCUGGCCGCCUUGCCCAAGAGCUCGGGAAACUCACCCAAGGGAAAGCUGCGGUCGCCGGACGCCAUCACAGAAGAUAGCUACUUCUAUGGCCAGUCCCCGCCGGUGUAUCCAUCCCCGGAGAUGACCGGCGGAGGGGGCUGGGAAGAGGCAUACAGAAAGGCAAAGGACAUGGUUGGCAAUAUGACAAACGAUGAAAAACUUGUCCUGAUCGCCGGCAAACCUGAGCCUGUCCGUCGUUGUGAUGGCAACAUCGCACCCAUCACCAACGUUGGUUUUCCUGGAAUGUGCCUGGCUGAUGCAGGCAAUGGCUUACGCGGCACAGAUUUUGUUACUGCGUGGCCCAGUGGUGUCCAUGUGGGUGCCAGUUUCAACCGGCAGCUUAGCGCAAAACGUGCCUAUGGCAUGGGCUCUGAAUUUCGGAAGAAAGGUGUCAAUGUGCUCCUGGGCCCGGUUGUAGGUCCUAUUGGAAGGACCGUAAGGGGUGGACGCAACUGGGAAGGAUUUGCCGUUGACCCCUAUCUCUCCGGAAUCUUGGUUGAUCAGACGGUCCGUGGCAUACAAAAUGCUGGCGUGAUUGCGAGCACCAAGCACUACGUCGCCAACGAGCAAGAAACUAACCGCCAGCCUGAUGGCGAAGUUCAAUCUGUGUCUUCAAACAUUGAUGACCGGACAAUGCACGAACUGUAUCUUUGGCCCUUCAUGGAUGCCGUACGCGCCGGGACAGGCAGCAUCAUGUGCUCUUACAACAGAUUGAACAAUUCCUACGGCUGUGCGAACAGCAAGGCCCUCAACGGUCUCUUGAAGACGGAACUGGGCUUUCAGGGCCACGUUGUGAGUGACUGGUGGGCGCAGCACAGUGGAGUAGCGUCGGCCCUUGCUGGACUCGAUAUGGCCAUGCCGCAUGCAGACCAGUUUUGGGGCGCGGAACUGCUCAAAGCAAUCAACAAUGGCACCGUUCCUCAGUCACGUCUCGACGAUAUGGCAAUACGCGUUCUUGCACCCUGGUUCCAGCUGGGUCAUGACAAGGGCUUCCCGACGCCAGGAAGCGGAAUCCCCGCCGAUAUCAACCAGCCGCACGCGAUAGUUGAUGCCAGGAACUCGUCCGACAAGGCCACAAUCUUCGACGGGGCGGUUGAGGGCCAUGUUCUCGUGAAAAACAUCCGAAACGCCCUCCCACUCAAGAGGCCCAAGAUGUUGACCAUCUAUGGUUACUCGGCCAAAAAGGCUGAUAAGACCAACUUUGAGCCAGGAAUCUUCCCACAGUGGGUUUGGGGUCCCGAAUCCAUGAACUACGAUGAUAUCAAGACUGGCAUGCUCCACGCAGGAGAGAUGCUACCCGGCACCGCACGGGCGGAACAAACAAGGCCAAUCGCCAUCAAUGGCACGAUAUUCUCUGGCGGCGGAUCCGGAGCGGUGUCUGUUUCGCUGGUCAGCGCACCCUUCGACGCCAUAUCGCAGCAGUGCUGGGAGGACGAUACAGUCAUGUUCUGGGAUUUUGCAUCGCCCAAGCCUUCCGUAAACUCCAACUCGGAAGCCUGUCUCGUGUUUGGAAACGUUGCAGCCGCUGAAGGUUGGGAUAGAGUUGGACUCCGAGACGACUACACUGACGGGUUAAUCAAGCACGUGGCCAACUCAUGCAAUAACACAAUCGUCGUCCUGCACAACGCCGGCCCGCGGCUUGUUGAUCAAUUUAUUGACCAUCCCAAUGUCACGGCCCUCAUUUAUGCGCACCUCCCCGGGCAAGCAUCUGGAGUUGCCCUGGCAUCCAUACUGUACGGCAAAGUCAACCCGUCAGGCAAGAUGCCGUACACAGUGGCACGCAACGAGACGGAUUACGGCGGCGUCCAAGAUCCGAAUUUGCCAAAGGGCAAAUACGAGCUGUUCCCACAGGCCGACUUUACCGAAGGCUUGUUCCUGGACUACCGACAUUUCGACAAGCAAAAGAUCGAGCCCCGCUACGAAUUCGGUUUUGGUCUGUCGUACACGACAUUUAGCUACUCCAACCUGAAGAUUGAAAAGUCGACGGGCGUCAGCUUUGGCCCACACCCUGAAGGCCAGGUGUUGUCGGGAGGGCCGGCUUCGCUUUGGGAGACGCUCGUGAGCGUCACGGCCGAGGUCGAAAACACGGGUGGCGUCGAUGGUGCCGAGGUUGCCCAGCUGUACCUCUCCGUGCCCGGGGCCGAGGAUGGGCACACGCCGCUGCGGGUGCUCAGGGGCUUCGAGAAGCCGUUCAUCAAGGCCAAGGAGAAGGCCACGGUGCGGUUUGAGCUGAGCAGGCGAGACAUGAGCAUCUGGGAUGUUAUUACUCAGAAGUGGCUGCUGAGGAACGGCACCUACACCGUCAGUGUCGGCUCGAGCAGCCGAAUCCUACCCAUCAAUGGAACUUUUAGUCUGUAA